AUGUCCAACAGAGAGACCAGUGGUAGAGGCUCUAGAAAUACCGAGAUCGCCACAGUCAGGACGGUCACAAGGGAGCCCGGCGAUCCGCCCUCCAGUCUCCCUCUUCGCCCGGCUGUACGAACCGGGCCAGCAAAUGUAGUCGAUGUCAGUCCCGACGACAGACAUCCGCCGGCUCGCCGUCAAGAAGCGCCACGCCCGGCCGUCAAUGCCCAAGGCCCUCCUGCAGGCCCGCCCCGACCUCGUUCGAAUGACACCAAACCCCCAGGAAAACCUCCGGCGGCCAAGCCGCCCAGCGAUUUGCCGCCGCCGCCGACGGCGCAGCCUUUGAGCAUUGACAUGGACGGCAAACCGGCCAAUAAACUGAGUCCAGAGAUGCGAGGAGCCGUGUAUCGAGUCAUCAAACUUGCGUUGGAUGUCCUGGAGCAUGACCGUUCGAUCAACAAGCUCAUCCACAUCGGGGCCACUUGUGUGCAGGAUUGGAGUGCGCGAAACAACCCCAAGGAGUUCAUCUAUCCGGCCACGCCAAGUAGCAACGCGAGAUACCUGAACAAGAAACCGACCGAUGCGGAGAUGGGGAGAUGGGUAGAGAUCUACCUCAAGAAAAUCCGCCAAUGCUUCCCCCCCAUCGAUAUACGCAGGCUCGAGGACGGCACGCAUGCCAUGUUCGGCCUGGUCAAUUGGAUGGAAGACGCGAGACAACGCUGCUCCGAGGCACGCAAGCCACUGACCAACGAGAACAUCAUGCUCCAUUGGCACCCCUUGGACUCGGGAGUUAUGCGUCUCCACCUCGAUACCCUCACGGCCGUGGCCCAAGUCAGAGCGAAUUACCUCAAGGCGAAAGAGAAGGGGGACAAAGAUGGUAUAAAGCGGUUCGGUACGGACUACCGGGCCUUCCUAGUUGACGGGGCCUUUACCGUGGCCCAUGAACUCGUCCACUGUUUUGUGCGCUUCCUGUCGGGAGACAGAAGGAUUGGGACCCCUCGUAGUCUCUUGCCCAAGGGCUUCGAAGACAAGCCAACGCGCGGAGAGUCGGGCCGGAUGUGGGAGGAGUUGGUGUUUGGGGGUUGUGUAAAUUACGCGCUGCCCAGUAAGAAGGGCGCUUUCGUGCAGUUGAUGCUUGAGAAGGAGGGCAAGGAGGCGCAGGUCGACCCCGACCACGUCAAGGAUAUAGCCCAGGGCAAACUCAGGUUUCCCCUCAAGACGGUCGGAAAGUGGCAGGAUAUCUAG